CUCCUGUGUACUGAUUUCCACCAACUCCAUUGCCUCGACAAGACCAUUCUAUCUAUUGAGCGUAGGAUCAUAGCACCAGACCGCAUACAGCAUGGCAGCACAAGGAACAUCAAGCGGUGCACCGAUCACCGUCUUGACCGCGGAUCUUGCACCAAAACUCCCAUCCCACAGUUCCCUUCUGUUUGCCGCGAAAAAGGCCAAGAACCUCUCUUUUGAGACCAUCGCCCAAGCGAUCGGCCGCGAGGAGGUCUCGACCGCCGCCAUCUUUUAUGGACAAGCCUGCGCCUCGCCCGAGGAUAUCACCAAGCUUGCUGCCCUCCUCGAAAUUCCAGAGCCUACUUUGCUUCAGACGGAGAUUGCACACCUCCCAGACCGCGGUAGAUCGAUGGAGAUGCCUCCCAAGGAGCCUCUGAUGUACAGACUAUUCGAGAUUGUGCAAAACUAUGGAUACGCAUACAAGGCGGUAUUGAACGAGAAGUUUGGUGACGGUAUCAUGAGUGCGAUUUCCUUCUCGACCAAGGUGGAGAAGGAGACGGACGAGAAGGGCGAUUGGGUGAAGAUUACGCUGCGAGGAAAGUGGCUUCCAUACACGCGCUUCUAAGGGAUGGAAGCAGUAAAGCCUGCUGAAGAUUUGUAUACAUCAAAAAUAUCAUCACCUGCACAUUCCCAAUAAUUGAGCAGAUCCAUUCAUAGGUACCUAUCGUUCC